AGCGCCGCUUGUCCCUCUCUACUUGCUUGUGUAUGACAUGAAUGACAGACAGGACAGGCCUUAUGUGUGCGGCGCCCCGGGCUGCUCUCAGCGCUUCCAGUUAGAGGAGCAUCUGAUCAUCCACAGCCACAAGCAUGAGAUGUCCCUCAAGUUCUCCUCCAUCAAGACGGAUACGGCUUUCACAGACCAGACUCCAACGCCAACCCGAUUUUUGCAGAACUGUGAAGAGGUUGGUCUGUUCAAGGAGAUAGAGGAGGAGUUUCUUCAAGCACAAGAAGAGGAAAAGUGCAAACAGCAGACGCUGUCUCACAAUGGGCCGUCCUGUAUGAACCAGCAGCAGCUCAAACCCCAGCUUCAGCUCCAGCACCCACCCCAGCCUCAGCACCCACAUCCCCAGCCACCGCUGCACCAUCCCCAUCCCCUGCAGCACCCUCAGCCUCAUGGCCCCAUGAUGGGCCCCAGCUGCAGCCUGGCUGCCCAGCAAGCUUUGUCCUCCUCGCAGUCCGGAUCAGUCAUCACCCAGGCUCCUUCCACCCUCACACACUCAGGGCCGGUUCCCGGGCCACUGUCAUCCCUCCUCCACAUGCGGAACAGACACAGACAACCACUGCCAGCCUCCUUACCUGGCACCCUGCCAGACCCCGCCAUGCAAGGGGCAUCUGCUCAGCACAUGCCCAUAGAGAAGCAGAUGUCGUGUAUAAUGGGUAUACCAGGUCCUGUACACAACCCCUCCUGUUCCUCACCUCAGAGAUCCAAACAGACGCUGGGCCAUCAUUUCCAACAGCACCAUCCAGCAAUGGUCGGCAUCAACAACCCUGUGACAUCCAUGGGUCACAUGAUGGAGAUGAUGUCACAGCGUCCUCAGGCACCUCCACUACAACACCACCCUCAUCCUCAUCACUCGCAGCUUCCAGCUCCACCCCUCACCUUCCAACAGCGAUGUCAUGCUCCCCCUCCACAGCAUCUGGGAGGCACCCACAGCCACCACACUCAGGCUCACCCUCCCCCCCAUCUGCACCAGGGCUCGCCUCCUGCACCUCCUCUGUCUGUCCCAGCACAGUUAUCACCAGUUGCGCAGCAGAUGCAGCCCUCCCAUCCACCCCACUCCCAGCAUGCAGUGCAGGCAGGUGGAAGCUGCAGCGGUGGAGGCGGAGGAGGUGGCAACCGUCGCAGGAGGACGGCAGAGCAGGACCCUGACGAGCGCAGGCAGAAGUUCCUGGAGCGUAACCGGGCUGCAGCCACCCGCUGCCGACAGAAGAGGAAAGUGUGGGUGUCGUCGCUGGAGAAGAAAGCUGAGGAGCUGACGCACACAAACCUGCAGCUCCAGAACGAAGUGACAUCAUUGAGGUCGGAGGUGGGUCAACUGAAGCAGAUUCUGCUCACCCACAAGGACUGUCCUGUCACCGCCCGGCAAAGAGAGGCACAGGGGUAUCCCACUGCAGGGGUGAGCCCAGGAGGAAGUCCCACCCCUGUAGGUCCUCAUCUGCAGGCCGUCCAACACAACAGCAUCUCCACCUCCUCGACAGCUGGAGGCGACACGGGGCACGACCUCCGGCCUGGAUGCUAGUGCUCGCCACAUAGAGGAGGGGGGUGGAACUGGACGGCUGAAUCCCACCAGACUGAAUAAUCUUUCUGUCAUAACUACACUAAAGUCUCACUCAGCUGUGGAUCUAUGUCUCUUUACAUUGUAGUUGAGAUACUGAACUGGAUAGGUGAAUUUCUAAAUCCAUGUGAACACUAAUAAUCAUCUUUUCUGGUUAGAGAGGAAACCAGAACCACAUACUGGUACAUUUCCAUAACAGGUGCAAAAAAAAGACCUUUACUGAAAGCCUUGUUAAAAACUGUGAUGGUUACAUGGCAACUGGAUCCUGUGUUUAUUUAGAAAAACGUCUGUUUCAUUUCACAGCAAUCUCACCAAUGCCUCACUGAUUACGCACACACACACACACACACACACACACAAUCGAAACACUUCCCCUGUUCUUUUAUCUUGCACUAAUUUAAAAAAACAGCCUAUAUAUUAGUUUUAUAUUUCUAACUGAGCAUCUGCGCACCUUAUGCCUUCUCUUUGAUGCAGCAUGUCAAAGCUAUGUAUUUUUCUACAAAUAAUUAAUACUAAGACAAAAACAUGUUUAUUUUCAGAUUUCAAAUCAAAACCACAUCUGUCUUGGAAAGCCAUUUAAAACAUGAUUGUACAGUAUUCUUCCAGGCACUU